AUGGCUUCAUCGCCCAUCACAUACAUGGGGUCAGUCGACAGCUUAAGCAGCUACGGCCUCACCCCACAAGCACCUUUUCUCACUCGAGCUCUAUACUUUCCGAGCCAUAGCAACAGUACCACACAUCUACCACUCUAUAACAUUACCGACAGCUACCGGGAGUCAGUUGGGCAUCAUGGGGUAGACAGCGCGGGGGCUAGCCGGACGCAGCUGGACUCCAUCGAGAGGCCCUCUGGGAAUUCAUGGAACGACGAUGUUCGGUUCCUCAUCGACUACGACCCGGUAAGACAGGUCGCUGCACUCACAGAACGGACUCUGGAGAGAGACAGGUGCGAGAUCAACAUGUCCCUACCGUCCAGCCUAGAUGACGGCUUCUGUGUUCGAGUAGUAGCACCAGCCCAACUACCACUGUGCCACGUCUCUGUGUCAUCUCCCACCUCCAGAAGAACCUUCAGGCGAGCAGAUCCAAAGCUUCCUUCCUUCGUUAUCAAAGGGAGCGGGCCAAAUUCUCCCAAUCUAGAGUGGCGUGCGCGGCCCUCAGAGUCCGACGUGGUCACGUACGAGCUUCACGAGCUCUAUCCUCUUUUCGCCAGCAAGGGGAGUAUAUCAUACCCCAAAGCACUUUACCAGCACUUUCAACCUACGGGCAAAGGUAUUAAUAAGGCCGAGACCGAGGGUAUCCUACUCCUUUCUGAUACCCUGGAUCUUGGGGAAGAGGCAGUCAUCAUAUCAAGCCUGGUGGGACUCUUAUGGGCCAAUCGCACAUCUAUUAAGCAAUCGUCUAAGAAGGAGAAGAAGGAAGUUUCAAGACUCCGCAGAAUUUUUACAUCAAGCUUGUAG